AUGCAGCAAGACGAGCUCGCCGCGCUCUUCCAGCAGAGCCUCAAUUUCCAGACGCCCGCCGUACAGGAGCAGGUUCCUGAGGUGCAGCAAGAGCAAGGACAGAACAUAGAAAUAGAGCAACAGCAGCAGCAGCAGUAUCGCCCCGCCCCCAUCAUCUACGCCAGCACCCACUACACGCCCAACACUUCGCACCUCCUCUCGCGCCCGGCCUCGGCGCCAAACCUCAACUCCCCAGCCGCCACCAACAUCGAACCCGCCACCACCUCUCCUUCGGUCCUCGUGCCCCCUUCCUCCCGCACCAACCCGCAGCUCAUGGCCAUCUUCGCCCGCCACGACAUCGACAUGGCCGACCUCUCGCCGGGCCAGCUCGAGCUCUUCACCGGCGCCGACGCCGACCAGCAGCUGCGCCUGCUCGAGUUGUGGCGCAUCACCCUGCGCGGCGCCGCCGCCGAGGACGGCGUGUGGACGUCGGCGACGAGCCUCGAGAUGGAGGAGCGCCUGGCCCGCGAGCGCUACGAGCGCCUGCAGCAGCACUCGUCGUCUCAGCAGCAACCAGCCACCCGCCCGAUCCGGCUCGACACGGAGAUGGAGAUGAUGACGGACGACGAGGGCACCGCCAGCGCCUCGGCCAGCCCCACCAGCACCCUCGCCAGCCCCCGCAUGAUGGGCAUCAACCAGCUCGCCGGCGCCGAGCCCUACAUGCUGUCCGGCUACGAGCAGCUGGCCAAGCGUGACUACGAGAUGCAACAGCAACAGCAGCAGCAGCAGCAACACGGUCCCCGCAGGCAGGGGAUGGUGUACGGGUACAGCGGCGCGACGGACCCUGUGUACAAGGCUGCGGUGGAGAACCAGUACGGCGCGUUCCAGGCCAUGAGGGAGUACGGCUAUGAGAGUACUUCUGGACCCGCUGGUGGUUGGCAUGAUGACGAGAUGGUUAUGUAA